AUGACUCCUCGUCGCUCCUCUCGUGCUCGCACAACCCAGCCCUCGCCCGCUCUCCAGCACUCAAGCUCGUCAAGCUCGGGAAAUUCGCUCACCCGCGGCGAAAGAACCACUCGAUCGAAUAACAAGAUCCCAUCUCCGCAAAGAUCGACGACGCACCGCUCGCAGUCCCUCGAUGAGCCGGACAGUAAGAACGACGCCCCCCACACGCGCCAGCGCCAACGCGCACGAGACGAGGAUAACGACGACCCGCACCAAACAGCCGAAGGAGAAGACGAAGAGGAGGAGGAUGCAGAGGAGGAAGAAAUAACACGAUGUCUUUGUGGCCAGCAGGACUAUCCGGGUCUGCCGCCCUCCCGCCGCGACGCCCUCGGUCGGCACGGCCACCACAAGUCUGGGGGGAAGGAUGAGUCCGGAGGGACGUCGACAGACGCAUCUGACCCCCUCAGUGAUGACUUGGGAAGCAUGUUUAUUCAGUGUGACUCAUGCAAGGUGUGGCAGCAUGGGGGUUGCGUCGGCAUCAUGGACGAGGCAAUGAGUCCCGACGAGUAUUUUUGUGAAGAGUGCCGGAAAGAUCUUCACAAGAUCACGACUGAAUCCAAUGGGCAGAACUCGUCGCAGUACCUGCCGGUCGCAGCUCUUUCCUCCCCCGGCUCCUCCUCCCGAGCCUCUUCGAGAGAUAACUCCAGACGCUCGCGCGACCCCAAGACUCGCCAGAAUGAGACGAAUAAUAAUCCCAAGCGUCGUUCCACCAUGAACAGCCGGGAUGCGGCUUAUGACGAAGAGGAGCAGCUCCGUCGAGCCAUCGAGGAGAGCAAGGAAGAGAGCAGAAUGAGCAAUGAUGAUGCAGGGCCCCGCAGGCCGAAGAGGAGUCGCAGCGACAGUGAAGCUAACAAGCAGACUGUCAAGCGACAACGGACCAGCUCUCCUUCCCCCUCCGCCCAUUCCAAACAAAGCAACCAAGUGUCUCAGCCUGAUUCGGAUGACGAGUCGAAAGCGAAAACAAACGGCGGUGCGAAGAAACAGCAGCGUGCUUCUUCCGCCCGUAACCAGCGUGAUAAGGAUACGAAGGAAACAGAGGAGGCAGAACCAGAACGACCCGAUACUGCCAACCGAAGGAAAUCACGUUCGGAGAGAAGAAGAGGGGACGAGUCCGAGCACGAAGGCGGUGCGUCUCCAACGAAAUCAGCAGCUCCCAAUGAUGCCGAACCCACCGAUCAGACUCCUGGAACUCCCGUUCAAAAUCAAGAACCACCUGCCCCACGCCCAUCAACACGAAAGUCCGGUCGGCCUCCUGCGCGUCGCGGGGGUCGUCAGGGCCGCAACCAAUACACUCGAGACCAAGUCAACGGCGAAGGGAACCACUCACCGAAUUCCCCGCUCCGCGACCAGGGGACAGGACGGGAUUCUCCCAAUGGCAAUAAUGGUAACGGAGGGUCGAACGGAGUGCACGUGAACGGAGGCGAUUCCGGCAGCAAGCCCAUCAAGGCCCGACAUUUGAACCCGCAUCGGACGUCAAUGAACGAGAUGAAACGACGGGUUGCAGCCAUUCUGGAAUUCAUCUCGCGCAUGCAGGUCGAGAUGGCCGUCAGCGGCGAGAGCACGACGCCGCCAAACGGAAACGGGAAUGGCAAUCCGGCGUCAACGGUGAAGGGCGCAGAGGAGCAGCUGGGGGGUUUGGCGCAAGCCGCCACCGGCGAAGGAGGAGCAGGAGGCGCGGUUUCCACGGACGUGUCCGUGACGGACGGCGAGGGCGCGCCUUCGACAUCGGAGAGGGAGUUCAAAGACCUCAGCAGCGUCGAGAUGAUGGACGUGCUGACGCGGCAUCUGCUGAAAUGGCAGCAGGAGUAUGGCAAAUACGGGGAGAAGUAG